AUGCUCACCUUCAAGAAAGCCCUCGUGCUUUCGCUCGCCUGCCUGACCCUAUUCUUCAUCUUCAAGUCACAACACCACGGCAGCACAACACCAAAGUACCGCAAUGCACAUGACAUGCCCCGUCCCACCGCCUGGGUCAAUCCCGCCGACCGCGAGCGAGAAAAGCAGAAAGCGAAGCAAAAGGAGGCACAAAAACACACUGAGAAGCCCACAAAGGCAGACCAGUCAGACAAGUCGUUUGAUGUCCCCGACACGCCCUCGAAGAAGCCAAAGACCCAGGUCAGCCUCGACGAGCUGCGCAAGAAGCCCCUCACCGAACAACUCGAGUACCAAUUCCCCUACGACGUCGACACAAAGACUCCCGCCUACGUCUGGCAGACGUGGAAGCACACUCCCCAAUCUGGCGAGUUUGAGGAAAUCUUCCGCGAGCCAGAGGCCAGCUGGACCAUUCACCACCCGUCCUUUGUUCACGAGGUUAUCACCGACGAUGUCGCCCUCCACUUGAUCAGACACCUGUACGCCUCGGUCCCUGAAGUCAUUGAGGCUUACAAUGCCUUGCCAGCCCCCGUCCUCAAGGCAGACUUUUUCCGCUACCUCAUCCUUCUUGCCCGCGGUGGUAUCUACUCGGAUAUUGACACUACCGCCUUGAAGCCUGCGUUUGAGUGGAUUCCCUCCGACGUUGCCGCAAACUCAUACGGCAUGGUCAUUGGCAUCGAGGCAGACCCAGACCGCCCAGACUGGGCCGACUGGUACUCUCGCCGCAUCCAGUUCUGCCAGUGGACCAUCCAGUCCAAGCCCGGCCACCCCGUGCUGAUCGAUGUCGUGGCCAGAAUCACCGAGGAGACCCUGAAGCGCAAGCGCGCUGGCAAGCUCUCCGACAACCACAAGGAUAUUGUUGAGUUUACUGGCCCAGCCGUAUGGACAGACACCAUCUUUUCCUACUUCAACAACCCUGACUUCUUUGAUAUGAGCACAAGCAAGGGCAAUAUCACCUGGGAAAACUUUACUGGAAUGAAGGCCCCCAAGAAGGUUGGCGAUGUAAUUGUCCUUCCCAUUACCAGCUUCAGCCCUGGAAUUAAGACCAUGGGUGCCGGCGAAGAAGACGACCCAAUGGCCUUUGUCAAGCACAGCUUUGAAGGAACUUGGAAGCCCCAGCACCUCCGUCACAUUGGCGAGAUCUUCAACUGA